UUUAAACACACUAAAAUGCAAAAUUUUGCUUUCUUAAUAGUGAAGAGGAAAAAAAGUUCAAAAACAGAAGCCAAGGGCACUGUGACUAAAGUAACAGGGAAAAAAAUAACGAAGAUCAUUGGUUUAGGAAAGAAAAAGCCAUCAACAGAUGAACAGACCUCAUCAGCUGAAGAAGAUGUUCCAACAUGUGGAUAUCUCAAUGUGCUCUCAAAUAACCGUUGGCGUGAGCGCUGGUGCCGAGUGAAAGACAAUAAACUCAUUUUCCACAAGGACAGGACAGAUCUGAAGACACACAUUGUUUCUAUCCCUCUCCGUGGAUGUGAAGUCAUCCCAGGACUGGAUUCAAAGCAUCCUCUGACCUUCCGACUGCUUCGAAACGGGCAGGAGGUUGCUGUUCUUGAGGCAUCUUCCUCUGAAGACAUGGGCAGAUGGAUAGGGAUGCUGCUUGCAGAAACGGGAUCUUCGACAGACCCCGGAGCUCUGCACUAUGACUACAUCGAUGUGGAAAUGACAGCAAGUGUCAUCCAGGCUGCAAAACAGACCUUCUGUUUUAUGAACAGGCGAGUUAUAUCCACAAAUCCAUACCGAGGAAGCACUGCCAAUGGCUAUGCAUGUCCGAGUGGAAUGGCACUUCAUUACGAUGAUGUUCCCUGCAUAAAUGGAUCGUGGGAACCAGAAGAUGGCUUUCCUUCUUCUCGUAGCAGGAACAUGGGAGAAGAAAUGCUUUAUGAUAACGCAGGCCUGUACGAUAACUUGCCAUCUCCAAAAAUCUUUGCGCGCUAUCCGCCAGCUGACAGGAAAACCAAUAGGUUAUCUACUGACAAACUCUCCUCUAACCAUUACAAACACCCUGUCUCAUCCAAUCUGUCUUCUGCUCAGUCUGUCACUAAUACCUCUGCUGUGGGGAGGGGAUCUGUCUCACAGUUUAAAGGCAAGAAACCUCCUGCAACUGCUAACGGGAUCACUGGAAAAGUGAGAACAUUAAAUAGCCAACCAAAGAAACCUGAAUCGGUGUCAUGUGUGAAGCGCACAGCAUCCAAUGCAGAACAGUACAAAUAUGGUAAGAAUCGUGUGGAGGCUGAUGCAAAGAGGUUACAGAGCAAAGAAGAGGAACUGCUAAAGAGGAAAGAAGCGCUGCGGAAUAGGCUGGCUCAGCUCCGAAAAGAAAGGAAAGAUCUACGUGCUGCCAUCGAAGUCAAUGCUGGCAGGAAGACCCAAGUGAUUCUUGAAGACAAGUUAAAGAAGCUGGAAGAGGAAUGUAAGACAAAGGAGGCUGAGCGUGUAAACCUGGAGCUAGAACUGACUGAGGUGAAAGAGAGCCUUAAGAAAGCCCUGGCUGGUGGCAUCACACUGGGCUUGGCUAUUGAGCCCAAGUCAGGAACAUCAAGCCCACAGUCUCCAAUUUUCAAGCACCGAACUUUGGAAAACUCUCCAAUCUCCAGUUGUGAUACCAGUGACACCGAGUGCUCAAUACCUGUGAACAGUGCAGCAGCUCUGAAGCGACCUCCCUCAUCAAACAGUUCUCCAUGUCGGGGGCAUGUACUUCGAAAAGCAAAGACAGUGCAACCCAAGCUGUGCUCAGUCCAUUCGCCAGGAGCAGCAGCCAAAUCCUGCCAUCAGGUAUGCAUCUGCAGCACACCCGCCUUUCAGUGGGCGUUAAAAGUGCAUAUGCAAGGGUGGAAUUUGGCUCUCAAUUCUUCUGGCCUUUUGCAGUUGUGAGUGAGCCCAGGCCUUAUAGAUGUGGCUAAACAAAAGGAGUCACACGAAUGGGAGAUGAAAAACGGAACAUAAGUACAGCAAAACCACUCACUUCCAUAAAGGCCUUGCCUAUUAUGGACCACAACAUAGGCUGCAAAGGACUCAUCCGGUGUAUCAAGCGAUACAACAUAAGAAGUUUUAUAAUUCUGUUAAGUUAAUGGUAGCUUGGCGCUAAUUUGCCUGUAUUCCCUCUACUGUAUUGCUGUGUAACUACAUGUGCCCCUUUUUAUUACCUGUAACUCUUUAUUUCCAGCUUCACUGGUAAUGCAAAUGGAAACCAAAAAGCAAACCAACCGUAGUAAGUAAAAAGAGGCAUAUAGUUGCAAUUGAAAGUUUACUUUCUGAAACAGUACAGACCAGCAGUGUGAAUUACAUUGCAUCAAAUGGCCUGAACAGCACUGAAGACUGGUGCAUUAUUUAAGACAGAUGUGAACUCAUUUCAGAUAAGUACUCUUGCAGGUGACACUGCUUUGGAGAGCUCUGCAUGACACAGAGGUAGCUGAGGCAAGUGGUCACAUUGCUACUAGUGGUCCAUGUGGCAAAAGAAAACUGAAGAAAUGGCUUCACAUGAAUGGCAUGACCUGCUUGGACUGGGAAGUGGGGAGUUCAUCACUGCUACUGCCUUGAUGGCAGUGAGAGACAGUGGAAUGACACAACUCAGCUGAGAAGAGUUUUCAGAUACUUUUUAAGGUAGAUUUUUGUCAUUGGAAAAUAAAAAGCUUCCACACAUUGAAAAAAAUAGAUUUUAGUACAUUAGCUUUAUUCUGAGGCACCAGUCAUUUUCAAAAGGCUUGUUGCCUAGCAGUGAUUCAUUUCUGAUUUUGUUAGAAGGCAAACAGGUAUUUUUAGAUAUUGCUUCUUUUCUAUGCUUUUUGAAAAAGAAAAAGAAAUGUAAUUGAAAUUAAUCCUCAACAGAUAAUGGCAACUCAGAAUAGCUUUUGAGGUCAGUCAUGUAUUUUUUUUUAAAUAUAGUAUUGUUAAACUUGAGUUAUAGAACACUGCUGUACUUCAUUUUCUUCGCCUUUUCAGACCUCAGCUGUUAUUUUUGAGGAAAACAAGACUGAAAGGAUGAUAAUUUCAAGGCUUUUUUAUAAACAUUUUUACAAAGAAUUGGGGAUUUUCUCAGACAGAAGUCGGAUUACUAGGAAACAGUAUCUUGCAUUUUAGUCUGUGACAUUAUAGACGUGUUCAUCUUUGUCUGUGUGUGUCACUCCUGUGAAAUUACAUGCAUUAAAUUGCCAGCUGAAGCCUUUCAAAAUCUCAAGAUUGGCAUAAGAUAGAAAAAAACAACGUGUAACAAAUUGGGGUUUUUAUUCUCUUUGUUUGUUUUUUUAAGCUUCUGGAAAGCCUUCAGUCAUGUUCUCAACAUUUUUCUCCUCAACUGUGAAGAUUAAAAAACUAAUUUAAAAAAAUUGAAAUACUACUCAUAUUUUGAGAUAAUUGGAGAAGUUAGGGCUGGAAACUUGAUAGAUGAUUAGGACUUGCAAUUAAAGUCGCAGAAGCAGGCAAUGCAGUAGUUAUCAAGGAUAGCAAAUCUCUUUACGGUCCAGGCCCACAGGUUGCCUCUUCUCUUUAGGAAGAACUGUAAUUCCUGAAGCCUAGACAGGUUGUGACAGCUGAUGUGGUCAGCUGAGCAUUCAGCUCAUCCCUGACCUGCUGCAUCAGAGGAACUCCUGUGGGAGCUGUUUGGAUCAGUAAACCCAGGGCCCCAGCGCUGAACUGUCAGAAAGUCUCAAUGCAUGGCAGCUCCCUCCAAUCAGGCCGCCGUGAAUGCCAAGUGCUUUUGAAAAGUGGGUCUGUAACAGUCUACAUGCAAGGGCUAAAUCCUGUUCCCAAAUGCAGUUAGGGAUCUAAUUGACCUUAGCAGAGGAGAAAUGGGGCUCAAAAUUAGAGAAGGCUCUUUGCUUCUUGGGACUGUGCUUUGCACAAGGUGCCACGAGAAUGCGAAUAUAAUGGGAAAAAAAUAUCAAUGUGGUUCUCUGUGAAACCAGGAUAUAUGUAUAUUUUUUUUAUAUUAGUUUAGGUCUGCUUACUUAUUAACUCUUUAAGUGGAGAGCACAUCCCAUACUGUAUGACUAUGGACUAAGCAGUAUCAAGUUCCCAUAAAUUUUAGCAGAAAUAAAUUUGAAAGAAAAGUAAGUUCAUUUAGGCUUUUUAUUUCAAAUUAAGUUAUUUAUUUGUAUAUUUCAAUAAAUAUUUAUUUUAUAUCUGUACAUAUUUAUGAUGCAAAUUAGGCUUCUAGUCAACAUUUGCAAAGAUGUAACAGUUGCCAUUAAGUGGUCCCACAACAAGUAAUGCAGAGUAAUCAAAAGUAAUCAAAUUCAGUUCAUUUGAGUCAAUCUUAUUUACCCAAUAUUGGUGUUGUAUCUUCCACCCCCUUUCACCUUUCCUCCUGCAAAGGGUCCUUAAAGCCAUCCCCCCUUCCCCCUUAUCCUUUAGUGACAUAUCUAUUCUAUAUAAUAGCCAAGGUUUUGAAAGGAUGAAACAACAAAAAACAACUCUGGAAAUAACCUCUUGAUAGACCACAUCCAGUGCUGUGAAAUACGUUCCAUUUUGUUUAACAGUGCUGUUGCUGUGUGAUUUAUAUAAAAAGCAGCAGAGCUUGUAUUUUCCACAUUUUUAUGAUUUCAGGAUCACCAGACAAAGUCAGCGAUAGUAUGACUUUUUUAAUGGAAAAAUAUUGUAUUUUAAACCAUUGCAUAUCUAUGUCUUUUGAGAAGAUGUUAUACUCGUGCUUCCUCAAACUCUUGUUACUGUACCAGGUGCUUUGAAAUUUUUUUUUAAUAAAUAAGUGAUGAUUUUUUAAAGACAACAUCAUAAUCUUGGGGGAUCAGAUGUGUUUUUUUUAAUGAGGUGAUUGUGGUAAUUUGAUUUUUCAGAUGGAGAGUACUUAAUUUACUAUCUUUUUUUUUUUCAUUUAAGACACUUUCAAACUAAUUGGCCAGGCUGUGUGUUGUAAGAUAAUGUUCUCAUAUUAAGAAUGUAAUUAUUUCCUUAUUGUAUUUUUUAAAAACAAAAUCAUAUUUAAAAAUCUCUGUGAAAAAACCAUGAAAGAAACAUGAAAAAAGUUUUUGUUUUAUUUUUGUUAUUGGAUAUGUUGGCGGUGCCCAUUAUAAUUGACUGUAAAUAUAGUCUUUCUACUGUAUUUCUCAAUGUAUUUAAUUUUGUCUUUUGGCACACAUCCAUAGAAACUUCUUUUUUUAAAAAAAAGUCCAAACCAGACCCACCUACAAACGUGUGUCUUAGUAGCUUCAACUAACUUUAUGCCUUUCUAGUUUAUUCUUCAGAAAGUCUUGCAGAGUGUGAAAAAAGACAGGCACCUGGUAGGUGCGACAGAUCCAAGACCAUUAUUAAUAAAGUUACGUGUCAUAAAUAUG